AGUAAUUCCAAGAAUUUCUGGAUUCUGACGUGCUGUUAAUCCCACUCGCAACCGGGAUGUUGAGAAUAUUUUUUUAAUGUCAUGUUUAAAAAUUAAUUACAUAUAUAUAAUUUAAUCAUAGUAAUAAUGUAAUUAAUAAUUACGUUUUUAUAUGGAGGAAAAGAAAAAUGAUGGAACAUUGAUUAACUUGCCUGUUAAAUAAAUUACUUUAUCGCGUGUAUAAACUUAUUUUGGAGUAAUUUAUUAAUGAAUAAAUAAAUAUAUAACUUGUAGAACGAUUUAUAGAAGGGAAAAAAAUCUGAUUACAGACAAUAAUGUCAACUCCAAUGAGUGAAGACAGUGGUGUGCUAAGAGAAUGGGCUCCACUAGCAACUCUUCUUCAACGAUUACCAGCAAAAAUUCAAAAUGGACUUUUUUCACAAAAUAUUAAUUUCACUUGCAUUGAUGUCCUUCCUGAAUUUAUAGCAAUUGGUACAAAUCAUGGUCUUGUUUAUUGGUUUAAUCGUGAAAGUGGUGAAAUACAAAAACUUCGUUGCGAAAAUUUAAAUACAAUAAUUACUUGUAUACGAGUAAUUUCAACAGUUGAUUAUAUGGUCGCUGUGGGAAACGAUCAAGGAAUAGUUACAGUUUUUCAAAUUCCAAAACAACCUCCAGAUUCAUUGCCAGAAAGUCUAAAACCAAAACAAAAGAAACAAGUCGAAAGGUAUAAUAUUGCUGGUUUACAUAAAUCAACAGUUACGGCUGUUGAUUGGUCGAAAAAUGGCAUGAAACUUUUUAGUGGUGAUCAAGAUGGUUUAGUCGUUUUUACCGAAAUUGAUUUUUAUAUGCAUUUAUCUAAAUCGUCAGAACUUUUAAACGAAAAGUAUUCAAUUGUACAGCUUAGUUAUCAGCAAGGUUUACUUUUAGUUUCCACAUUAUUUAGAACGAUUCUUGUCAAUUUAAAUGAAAAAGGAAAGGUCAUGCAGGUGGGACAAAAGGAGCGUAAGAUAUUAGGUAAAUUGGGAGCAGUAUUUGGAAAUCGUAUUAGUCUUGGGCAGGAGCCGAUAAUUUAUGCAAGCAGACCUGGUUUAAGACUUUGGCAAGCUGAUAAAAAUGGAACAGUACUAAAGACGUUAAUGUUCAAAGACGCAAUUCGAUUUGGUCAUUCUGAAGUGGAAUUAUUAAAUCCAGCGCAAGAAAUUACACGAAAAAGUAGAGGUGAACCGACAUUUGGAAUUAUAUUGCCAUUUUCUGAUGAUUUAUUAAUCACUUAUAGUGAUGAUAUCAUUUAUGUUGUUAAUCCAAUAACUAUUAGUAUUACAUCCGCGAUAACUGACGUGAGACACGUCACUGAUGUCGCGUGCACAAAAGACGAGAUUUUUAUCCUUGAAGGCGAAAGAAAUAUUAUUAGAGUCGCUUAUCAUCCUGAGAAUAAUUCUUACAUUUCUAAUACCGAUUCAAUGAUGGAUUCAAUAUCUCUUGCCCAAAUUAGCAAACCAGUAACUACAGGAAUUUUAGAGUUAACUUCCAAAUUAAAGGAAAGUUCAAUUGUUCCUGCGAUUCCUUUUCAUAAAAUUAAUCCAACGAAUAUUAUUCAAGCAAUGGGUGUUUUGCCUUCAGUGACAAUAGGAACCGAUACAACAUCAAUAAUAAAUGCAGAAGAAGCCUUAGAAAUACCGCCAAUUGUUCCAUUGGAACUUGAAACACCCUUAGUGACUGACAAUGAUUCAACAUUACGAAUUGGAAUUGAAACAUGUCAAAAAAUAAUUUCUUUUGAGGAAAAUGAAAAACGCAAUGAUCGUCGUCGUAUAUUUGAAAAAAUUGCCGAACAAGAAUUUGAGGAUGUUGUAUUUACUCCCGAACGUAGGAAUAAAAAAUCAGUAAAUAAAAUUAAUGGAUUUAGAGAAAAUAAUUCUUCUAAUAAUAAAUUAAAAUUUAAUAAUGGCGUUACAACACAAUCUUCAUUACUUACAUUGAGUAUUGAUAAUGAUAUGUUAUUAAAGUCGGAUAGAAAUUUAGAUUCAAUACAAAAAGAUGUGGAGAAUAAGGAGAAACUUUUAGCCGAUGUUUUGAAUUUCGAUUUAUCUGAAUAUAUGACAAGCAGUCGAUUAUAUCCUGUGGAUACAAAUAUUUUAACAUCAAUUGAUGCAAUUCCUUAUGAUAAUUGUAGUAGUAGUAGUGUUAAUGGAAAUGAUGAUGAAUGUUUGGAUAUAAAACAAGAUAUUGAAGAACAAGACGAAAUAACUGAUUGCACAGAAACUGAAUCUGUUGAGGAAGACGCAAGUUAUAAAACGGAAUUAAAGAAACUUGAAGAUUUGGGUGAAUGUAGUAAAAUACUUUUACAAAGCAAAUUAAGUGAAUUUCAAAAUAACAACGUUGAUAUUGGAGUUGAACCUCCAACUUCAAAUAUCGGUGUUGAUUCAGAACUUCAAUUUAAUGAUCUUUCAAGAGACUUUGUGUCAACGAUUGUUUACGAGGAGAAAAGAAAAGAUAAAGAUAAUGAAGACUGGGUGUUUGUCAGCUACCCUUGAAAAAAAUAAUUUCUGAUUACUUUAUAGUUCAAAUGGUCAAUUUAGUAGACUGAUGGAUUCACGCGGUGAUUAUUAUUUUUAUUAUUAUUAUAAUUUGUUACUAUUUUACAAUAAGCUUUACAAAAAUUAGAUUUAUAUAUAUUAUAGAAUUUAUUGCCCGGACAAGAUACAUAUUUUUUUCUUUUAAUAACAGAUAUAAUUUAUAUCCUUAUAAGUCACAAAUGUUAAAAUAUUUUAUUCCAAGAAUGCUAAUUCAAUUUUUUUAAUGCAAGAUUUAUAAUAAUUUUUUUUUAAAUUCUCUUGGAGUAUAGAAUUAAUUGUAAACAAGCUCAAUUGAAUAGUAUUGAAGCAAAAAUAUUUUUUGCAAGAUUUUAGAAUAUAGAGAAAAAAAAAUAAUAUUAAUAAAAUAGUUAGGAGAAAUGUUAUAUGAUAUUUAAAAUUUAACUAUAUAAGCGCAGGAAAAUAUUGAGAUAACAAAUUUUAUUAAACAUCUAUUAUAGUGCUUUAAUUAAUAAUUGUUUAUUAUUGCUUUUUUUGAAUUAGUUUUUUUUUGAAUCUUCUAGUCAUAUACAUUUAAAAAAAAAAAUGUUAAAAAUUCGUGCUACAUAAUAUUUGUAUUUCUUUUAUUGUAGUUUUUUUUUUAAAUUAAACAUGUAUAAAGUUAAAAAAAAUCUUUUUCAUUGAAUUUUUAUCACAUUAAAUUGUUUAUAUUUAUUUAAAAAUGUUUUUUAAAAUAAUAAAAAACAAAAUUAUGGAGAUGGGAUUAAUAUUAAAAAUCAGGUUCACAGGAAGCGUCGGCGUGUCUUUAUUACGAGUAUUUCAAUGUCUAGUAAUAUAUAAUAUAUAAUUUAUAUAAUAUACAUAUAGCCAUAAUAAUCUCCAAUAUUGUAAUGAAUGGUCGAUUUUGAUAGUUAGAGAACGCAAAUUUAAGAUAUAAUUAUUACUAUAAUAAUACUGAAAUUUUAAUGGAAAAGUCUUUUUCGUAAAAUAAUGUAAAAUUAAAAUUAAUUUUUAAAUUAUAAUUAAAAAUAAUUUAAUUAUAAUUUUUUUUUUAUUCAAACAAAAAAGUAUAAAAAUCAUAAAUUUGCGCUCUUUAUUGCAUUUGAUACAAUAUUUCGCUACAUCAUAUAUAAUAAUUUGAAAAUCAUUGAAGUUUUCGUUAAUACGUGAAAAGCGACACUCGCCUCGCAAACAAGUUAUAAUUUAAUAACAGCGAAGAAGUUAACUUGAAUUCACUCUCAGCCAAUAAUAAUAUUUUUUUUUUAAUAAUUCAAUAUUUUUUUCUCAAAUUUUUUCAUUUUUAAAAAUGCUACAUUUUAUAAAGUAUAUUCAUAUAUAUAUAUAUAAUUUUUUUUUAAUAUCGUUCAAUAUCCACCAAAGCACAAUUAUAUAUAUACCGAUAUUUAAAUCUGUAAUUAAAGUACAAUAUAAAUGCACAACAACUUUUUUUCUAAUUAUUUCAAUUAUUAUUUUGUUCAUUCCAAAAACCACAACUAUAUAUAUAUAUAUUAUAAUAUUUUUUUAAGACAAACGAGAUUAAUUUUAUUUUGAAUUUAGAUUUUCGAAUUUGUUAUAAUAUAAAGAAUUAUAUAAAAAUAGAUUUUUUUUUCAAUUAUUCGAAUUAAAAACUUUUAUAUAUAAAAACGUGAACAAAUUUUAUUUCACAAAUAUUAUAAUAAUAAUAAUUAUUAUAUAGAUUUAAAAAAUAAUUUUAACAAAUUUUAUAUCGAAAUUGUUAAAAAUUUGUUGUGACUUUUAGAAUGUAUAAAUUUUUCUAAAUUUUCUUUUAAAGUGCGCAAAACAAAUUUUCUCAAAAAUUUAUAAAUUGUUAAUGAGAAAAUAAUUUUCAUGAAUGCCCUUUCGCUUUUUUUUAACCACAUCAUUAUAAAUAAUUUUACCUUAUUCCAACUCUUUCAGACAUAUCAGUAGAGUGAUUGAGAACUUUUUUUUUUUUUUUUUUUUUUCAAAAUAUGAGAUUUUCUUUCAUCAUUUUCUUUUUGUUUCAAAUUUUAUCACAGACUGUCAAUUUUUCUUUUCAUGAUAUUUUUUAUUAAUCAUGACAUUCAUUCUUUGAGAGUAUUUUUAUUUUAUUAGUAUUUGGUUUAAAGGAAAAAAAUCGACAGAAUAAAAUUUUAUAAUAGAAAGACUAAAAUCAAAAUUUAUCACGUUUUUGGAAAGUAAACUUUAUAAUGAAUUGUACAAUUAUAAAAAAAAAUUACAAAAUUAAAUAUUAUAAAAAUUUUCAAUAAAUGUAGUUUAUACAUUUGUUACAAUUUUUUUUUCUUUAAAUGAUUUGGAAAUUUAAUGACUAUCUCUUAAUUUGUCAUCGUUAUAUAAAAAACGUAUAUUAGUACCCUGUUAAAAAUGGUUAUCGUUCUUACAUUUUUUUUUUUUUUUGCAAAACUAAUAUUUCUAUCAUUAUUGCAUUAUUACAAAUACACAUACAAUAUAUUUAUAUACAUACACGAAUUCACAUCUACAAAGAACUUAUUAAGUUCUAUGUGUAAAUUGGAAAAUAUUUAACUUUCACUUCGUUGCACUUUUUUUUUUUGUACAAACGCAAAUAAAAGAUAACAAAAUUUAAUAGUUAUAAAUAAAUUUGAAUCUUUCUCUUUAUAAAAGAAAAUCGAUUUUGAAAUUAUCUCAUAUUUUGGUAAAAAAAAAAAAAGUUCUCGUUGAUCACUUUAUUCGUUCUUUUUUUUUUAUAUCCAACCACAGCCUUUCUAAUCCACAUUUUAUGAGAUUUGAUUAAAAUCUCAUUAAUUCUGGCCUUCGAAUGGUUUUAUAUAAUAUAUUAUAUAAUGUAUAUAUUUAUAUACAUUCAAUUUUUUUUUAUUAUUUAUAUUUUGUGUAUAAUUGAAUUACAUUAUUAAUAUGGUCUAUCUAUUUAUAGUAGGCGUUAGAGACUACGGGAGUACAAACGAAAUCCCGAAUCUCAUUCGAUUCAUUCACUCGAUCUUGCAAUUUUUGGUUUUUCAAAAAAAAAAAAAAAAAAUUAAUUAAUUAAUUUCUCUUUAAAUCAGAUUUUCAUCUAAUUUCACAUGUGUGCUGAUUUUUAAGCGCGAGAUUGACGAUUUUUAUUUAUUCAUUCACACGCACAAAUUCAUUCAAUUAUAUCGUGUUGAGACAUUUUUUUUUUUUUUUUAUUCUAUAUCACUGUCUUUUUUUUAUUUCACAUUCUAAUAAUGUUAUAAUGUACCACCCAUCAUUCGUUAUUUUGCAUCUCCGGUUACAUAAUUUUUUUCCAUUUCAAGAUCAGCAGCAGUGUUUUGACACAAUUUUAUUUUUUAUUUUUCAGUCUCUAUUUUUUUUUUUUUUUAUUUCUGUCUUGACAAUAAUAUAAUAAUUAAUUUUUGUCUAAUUAUAAAAUAAUAAAUAAUUUAUGAAUAUAAAUAACAUUAUUUAUUGAGAUCUAAAAACUUCGAUUGUCAAUUAUUUAUUUUUAAUUAGUAAUUUUAUUUUCUUUUAGGGGG